AACAGCUACUGUUGUGUCGGGACGUGUGUUUUUGGAAGCUGCUUCAAAAAUGGAGGAAACAAUGGUGGCUCUGGGAGACCGUCUGAAGCUGUUGGUAAAAGCCUUCAGGAGGGAGGGCCACAGGGUUCUACAGUCGGAGAGGACCACUGUUCAUGGAGCCGAUGGCAUGCUGAUGGUGCUGCAGCUGGCCAUGGCUGAAGUCAGUAAACAGCACGGCGGAGAGUUCAAGGUGCCUUUGAGUGAUGUCCUGAUGGCCUGGAAACACUUACUGCAAGGCAAACUUCACCUGCCGCCCCCGAACUUUGCACGCCUAGAGAACUAUGAUCUCAUCCUGGAGGCGUACGAAUCCUUCCUGAAACGCUCCAACACCGUUGACCUCGCUGACGUCCUGUCCAUGUGCAAACAGCUGAGACUGGCUGACACUGACCCAGAGGAACUUGUGAGCCCGAUGGAGCUCUUUCAGUUCCUAACAGGCAAUACGGACACCUCAGAGUUGCCAGACUCUUCCUCAGUCCCGUCAACGCCAUCUAGCAAAAGCAGGCCCUGCCACUCACAGGUGAAAAUGGCCGUGAGAAGGGUUUUCUGCUCCUAUCUGAAUCUGCUCGUGAACACAAAGAAUGACAUGGCCGUGGCACUAACCCUCGACGUCCCCAGUCGCGCGCUUGGACGGCAGGCAUUCACCGACGUCAAGCAUGCUGCGCGUAGUGGCAACACUUCUCUCUUUUUGGCAGUGACAUCUUUUGUGAGAGCUAUCCAGCUCGGAGGAAAGGGCUACGCGCCAGCUGAAUCUGACCCACUGAGGAAACAUGUCAAAGGCCUGACGGACUUUGUCCAGUUUCUCGACAACCUGGAAGAAAUACUGGGGGAGACUCCUGACCCAAGCGUAUGCGGGGCCAAGCUAGUGACUGCCAUCAGGGCAACGCUGUUGAAGGGACGCAGCAGUGGUGAUGCACUGUAUGCCGCAGCUGAAGAGACGGCAAAGGAACUGAAGGAGAGGAUCUGCCAGAUACACCAGGUCCAGAAACAGACGGCUAAUGGGAGCGGGACAGGCAUCAGCCCUGCCAGGCCGAGAGCAUACGCAGUGAACCAUGCCACAGCGUAUGGAGGUCGGGACACCGUGAAGGUGCUGAUGGCGCUGCUGGACGAGGACGCCCUGACUCCGCCGUGUCCUAACAAGGCGGACCUGUUGUCUGAAGAUCAGCCCGAACUCAGUGGAGCGGAAGAAACGUGCGUCCUCGCGCUGUUCAGAUCUCCCGAAGUGUCGACUGGAUGUUCUCCACAACCUCUAAAAAACCGAGUCCAGAGCCGAGUAGACCUGCUCAAACCCAAGCCAAGAGACAGAGUCGUCCGGUCUCAGUUUGCUUGCACAUACAAAGAUGAGGAAUUGCCUCUCAACCGCGUGCUGGACUUCCCCAGCACUAGCCAGGUUCCUACCUGCGUGCAUCCGGCACCGAAACCAAACACCACCGCAGCUGAGGACGAGGAGCGCAGCUCCGGUGUGGAGGAACUAGUCACAGUCUUCCCAGCCAAGCCUACCUCUGGAUGUCCAAAUAAGGAGCAGAGUGGCAUUCAGCAGGGAGCCACCCUGGAGCCAAGGAGUGGAAAUGCCCAGACCAGAGUUGCAGGCCCUGGCAGCAGAAAGAAAACUGGCACUCAGACGCAGCGCAAGGGCAACAAGAGGAAGCAGGUGGAAGCGGACCAACAUGGAGGAUCAGAGAAUGAGCCUCCAGGGAAGAAACGCCCCGCUAGUGUCUCAGUCAAAGUGCCCAGUAAGAAUAUCAACAAGGCCUCCAGCAAGAAGAAGCUCAUAGCUGGGCAGGGAAAGCUAACUAGCUUCUUCAGACUCUAAUCAUUCGCACUAAUAUCAUGACAGUAAAAGUUCAGUGUUUUUUUUUCUCCCACUGAGUUGUGUGAUCACGUCCGAUCUUCUUUUUUAAAGAUGUCGACCAACAUUUUGGGAAAAUAAGGAAAAACUAGGCGUUCUUUUCCCCCAUAAUGGCAUCACUUAGCUAAGCUAACUGAUUAGGAAAGCAGUUGCAACAAAUUUAGCAUUCAGAUCAAUGUUGUAUUAAUAUCUGGUGAUUCUGUGGUUUACGUUUUAAAAAGGGAUCCAAAUAUAGUAUCAAGUUUUUAUGAAAGCUAAAAGCUAAUCGCCUGCUAGCAUACAUCCUUUCUUCUAACUCGGCUACAAAAGGGAAGGAUCAUUUAAAAAUAUCACUAUACUGUUUAUAUAUCGGAAAGCAGUUGCAAAUGACACAUAUUCAGACAGUUUUGAUAUGUAUACAGAUAAGUACCUAAGUAAAUGAACAUUUGAUGUUAAUUUUUUUUAUUUUGACACUUUUUUUCUAUAAGUUAUUGAACUCGGUUCAUCCUUGGUUGUUUAAUUCCACACUGAAAGUCAUCACUGUAAAUAUGCUGCAGUUCUCUGAAUUUGAAUAAAUUUUUAUUUUGCUUUUA